UUUUAGAAAUUUUCUAUUUCAAUAUUUUUAUAUUUUAUGCUCAGAACCAUAGAGAAAUACAUACACCGGAUAUUUAGAACAAAAUGACAAAAUGUCGGCCUUAGCCGUCCCUCUGGAAGAGCGCAAGUACUCCCGCUACGUCCAGUAUACCGAUGAUGAUGGUGUCCACACCAUCGACCUGGAGGCCGAACCCGACAUGGCACUCCUGGAGGAAGUCACCAGAAACCCGGAAAACAACCAGUACAUUCUGUUCACACGCCGCAACCCCAUCUCCGGUCAGACGCUGGUGAUGAACAACGCUCAGUCGAUCACCUCCUCCAACUUCAAUCCCGCCGUGCCCACAGUGGUCAUCGCCCACGGCUGGCUGAGCAACCAGAACACCGAACCCAACCCCACUAUUAGAGCUGCUUACCUCAGCAAGAGCGACGUUAACAUAAUCACCGUGGAUUGGCGCAGUCUGGCAUCGUCUGGCUACACGACGGCCGUCCUGGGUGUCCCAGCGGUGGGACGCGGUGUGGGACAGUUCUUGACUUUCCUCAACCAGGUGACCGGAGCUCCGUUCAACAGGAUGCAUCUGAUCGGGUUCAGUUUGGGCGCCCAUGUUGUUGGCAACGCGGGGAGAGAGAUCGGCGGACGCGCUGCUAGAGUAACCGGUCUGGACCCCGCCGGCCCUCUGUGGUCGUACAACUCCAACCGUCUGCAAGCAUCCGACGGCAUCUACACGGAAUCCAUCCACACCGACGGCGGCAGCGUCGGCGGCCUCGGCAUCGGCAGCGCCAUUACGGACGUCGACUUCUUCCCUAACGGCGGCAAUUCGCAACCAGGUUGUGUCACCAACAUGUGCAACCACAACCGAGCUUGGCGGCUGUUCGCUGCGACUGUGACGUACAACCACCUCGUGGGACGGCAGUGUACCACCACCACUCAGAUCACGUGGAAUACGUGCCGUGGUGAUUCCUUCCCUAUGGGCAACGACGAUUUGAAUAAGCGAGGAUCCGGAAUGUACCGAAUGGACACUGCAAGAACAUAUCCAUACUAAUUAUAAUAAAA